AUGCCAGACGAGGCAUUCGACGAGAAGGUCCAAGCUCUCCCGCCCAAGAUUUUCGAUGUUAUCGUCAACGUUACGUUCACCGUAGGAACCAGCAAGAUGGUCCUCAAGUCCAACGCCAACGGGCGGGUGAAGAUCGCAAGCAUCCAAGGAUGCAAGCCACAACUUCAUCUUUCGCUCGUCGACCGAGCAUCAAGCCACCAGUACAGAACCCACUUCUUCCGUAAGACUACCAUCGGCUUCAACAACGCCCGGGAUGUUUCCAAAUGGGUGGAGUCCCUGAAGCCAGGCACUCGAGCCCUGGUCGAGUCGGUCAAGCUCUCGCGGCCGGAUCUCGAGGUGGGUCGUCGGAUUUUCGCGCGGGAGGUGUUUAUCUGGCAGCUGGACUUGCUGGGUGAUGGCGGGACGGUGGAGUAUCGCUUCGGGAGGGACGAGGAAGGUGUGGUCGUUCUGUUCUGA